GAACACGAUUCCGAAAUGAUUUUAGAAAGCAAAAAAAAAGUAAAAAUAAAAAUAAAAAUCUGUUUUUUAAGAAGCAAAUUAUUUUUGUUUCGGAAAUUAACCUAUGCUUCUAGAGCAGCUGAAGCAAAAGAAGCAAGAAUAAGCGGAAGCACUUGGACAUCAGGUUGCUAAAACACCCUCUUAAGCUGUGUAGCAACUACUUCCCGGCGACGGCUAAACUUGUAGUUCACUCCUGCGGCUCAGUAACAUUCCGGUGGUGGUGGCUGAACUUUUGGUUCACUCUGUCUGGCUGGAUCAACAAUUAAAAAUGUCGGUUCCAUCUUUAACAUCCAAACAAGCCCUAAACCAAAAAGUUCCCAAAAAACCCAUGAAUUACACUUAAGUCCUCCUCCUCUUCAAAAACCUUCAAUUGAUUCGAGGUUUAACAAAAUCUAGCCUCUUUCUUCGUCUUCUUCACAUCUAGGGUUCCUCCAAACAUGAAUCAUCUGUUAAGGAAAUCAUGUUCUUCUUCGAUUGCAUCAAAGCAAACACUCACUGCUUUGAUGACCUCAAUUGAAUCACUCCAUAUAUUCCCAUCUCCAUCAAAACCCAUUGUUAGUAACGAGAAAAUGAGAGAUUUUUCUAAGGUUUCUGAGAGAUAUGGAGGAAAUGGGUUUCUGGGGGUUCGACAAUUUCAUUUUUCAACUACCCCUUUAGAAAUUAGAGCAUCAUCUACUUGUUUAAAAUCAGCUCCGUAUGCUGCUGUUGCUGCUGAUUUCACUGAUCAAAGUGGUGUUGGAGUUGUUAGUGAUGAAGGUCUUGAAAUUUCUAAACUUGGGAUUCAUAAUGAGAUUGUUAUGGCUUUGGCUAACAAAGGAAUCACCAAACUUUUUCCUAUUCAGAGGGCUGUACUGGUGCCUGCGAUGACAGGGCGUGAUAUGAUAGGCAGAGCAAGAACUGGUACAGGGAAGACCCUUGCAUUUGGGAUUCCCAUCAUGGAUAAAAUCAUAAAAUUUAAUGAGGCACAUGGGUUAGGAAGAAAUCCUUUGGCUCUAGUUUUGGCUCCAACUAGAGAACUUGCUCGUCAAGUUGAGAAGGAAUUUCAUGAAUCGGCACCCAAGCUUCAGACAGUAUGUGUUUAUGGUGGUGUGCCCGUACAUCAGCAGACGCGUACGCUUGACUAUGGAGUUGAUGUCGUUGUUGGUACUCCUGGUCGUAUUAUUGAUCUAUGUAACAGAGGUGCCUUGAACUUGUCUGAAGUUCAGUUUAUUGUUCUUGAUGAGGCUGAUCAGAUGCUUGCUGUGGGUUUCGAUGAAGCUGUUGAAACGAUAUUGCAGAAGCUACCAACAAAGCGCCAGAGUAUGAUGUUCUCUGCCACAAUGCCCCCAUGGAUUAGGAAGCUUACCCAAAAGUACCUUCAAGAUCCUUUAACAGUUGAUCUGGUUGGAGAUUCAGAUCAAAAACUAGCUGAUGGUAUUACGUUGUACUCAAUUGAAGCAGAGAUGUAUGGAAAGGCAUCCGUCAUUGGUUCUUUAAUCACAGAACAUGCAAAAGGAGGAAAAACUAUUGUUUUCACACAAACAAAAAGAGAUGCUGACCGAUUAGCUUACUCAAUGGGUCAAAAGUUUAAGUGUGAGGCACUGCAUGGAGAUAUUGCACAAAAUCAAAGGGAGAGGACAUUAUCAGGCUUCCGAGAUGGGGCAUUCAGUGUGUUAGUUGCUACCGAUGUUGCUGCUCGUGGACUAGAUGUUCCUAAUGUUGAUCUCGUGAUACACUAUGAGCUACCAAUGACGUCAGAGAUCUUCGUUCAUAGAUCUGGUCGAACAGGACGCGCUGGAAAAAAAGGUACUGCGAUACUAGUCCAUUCAGGAGAACAAAUUAGACAAGUGCAAGGUAUUGCGAGAGAUGUGGGGUGCAAGUUCAUAGUGCUCCCUAAGAUUGCUGCUACGGGUGGAGGUGAGGACAUGUUUGGAGGCAUGGGUGGUGGUCGAUAUGGAUCAGGAGGUGGUUUUGGAUCAGGUAGUGGCGUUGGUGGCGGAUCACGAGGUGGGUAUGGUGGUGGAUCAUCUGGCGGGUUUGGCAGUGGUUCACGAGGUGGGUAUGGUGGUGUAUCAUCUAGUGGGUAUGGCGGUGGUUCACGAGGUGGGUAUGGCGGUGGAUCAUCUGGUGGUUAUGGGGGUGGAUCACAAGGUGGGUAUGGCGGUGGAUCGCAAGGUGGGUAUCGAGGUGGAUCACAAGGUGGGUUUGGCAGAUCGUCUGGUGGGUUUGGCAGUGGAUCAUAUGGUGGCUUCGGCAGUGGGUCAUCUGGCGGGUUUGGUGGAUCAGGUUCAGGCGGUAGUUCUGGAUUUGGUAACAGUAAUUCAGGUCCUUCAGGCGGAUAUGCUGGUCCUUCAUCGAGUGGAUUCGGUGGUCCUUCACCAGGUGGAUCAUCUGGUGGCUUUGGUGGACCAGGUGCAGGUGGUAAUAAUUCUGGCUCCGGUUUUGGCGGUAGUUCUGGAUUUGGCGGUUCUUCAUCAAGUGGAUUCGGCGGUCCUUCAUCAGGUGGAUCUGGUUCAACCCCUUCUCGCUUCAGCUUCGAAGAAUAAAUCCCCUCUUCAAAGGUGGGUGGGGCGAGGAGUUUCACGUUUGGGCCAUAAAGGAACUACAAAGUGUUAUGUAAAGAUUGGGAAGGAGGAGCUGAAGGUGGUGCCAGUGGCAGUGAAGUUAUGUGGAUGGAGAAAGACAGCACGAUGCUAGUAAUAAUUUGAUUGAUAUUCUUAUAUCUAGGUAUAGUGAGUUCGUAACGAAUGCCUCGGUAUUUUGUGGCGGAAAAAAUGGAGAAGAAAAAAAGCGAGCUCUUGUUCUAAUGAAAAGUUAUUCUCUAAUAUAUCUGUUUCUAAAGUAGUAGUAUCUUCUCAGAUCUUCGCCUGGUUAACCUGUAUUUAACUGGUUCUGUAUUGGAAAUUUGUCUAUAUUCUUUGCAAGUCUCUUCGGGGAGUUGUUAUAUUAGGAAGUCUUUUCUUCA